AUGCGCUUCACGCUGACCAUCCGCGGCGUCGAGCAACGUUACAAGCGCGCAAGCGCGGAUCAGCGCGCGCAGUCUCACUCGCCCGCGACGAAUGGGCCGAUCACUAUCUCGGACAUGGCCAUAGAGCUUGUGGCAUAUGCACAGUGGGUGAAGCUCCAUACAUGGCUCCGCAACUCCAUGCUGGAGCUCCCCGAUGCGACUGGCAGGCAUCCGCAAAGGACAGUGGAGUAUGCGGUUGGCUCGGCAAAACACGAGCUCUUGUCCAGAUCCCCGCUUCCUUCUGCGAGUUUCCGAUGGAUCCUCGACGACGGGGGGGGGCGGUGA